ACACGUAAGAGAUAGUUCUACGGUGAAGAUGGGUUAUGGCUUGCUGGUAAGGAAUUCGUUUUUCAUGUUUUUGUUUUUAUUGUCUAUCUCUUUCCUAUUGUCUUCUGGUCCUCUUGUUCUAUUGUCUAUUUGGUCUUUUUUCUUGCGGCGUAUCAUCUGCCACGUUUUCUAUUGCUCAGAAUCGUUACUCAUUGUCCGCAUUCUCUUUCUAGUGUUUACUUUCUCUGAGGUCGGCGCGCCUGAAAUAAAAGAGCUUGGAGAAUUCACCUGGGUAUGGUCAUUUACAUGAAUGAGUAUUGGUACAAUACAUGGGCCAUCUCGGCCAUCUUCUUGUGUCCGCUUCUCGCUAUUCUUGCCUUUCUACUCUCCCUCUCAUGUCUAUUAUCUUGUUUUGCCAGGCUUUGAAGAUGGCUUGUGGUCCUACCUUUGUCGUCCUGAGUCGAGCAAACCAAACGGCACCGGGAGAUGAGAAGGUGCCACCAAGUCGCCAUCCCGACCCUACGAUAUCCUGAGAGCUCGUUCGAACUCGACCUUCAGGCUGCAACCCAGCAUUCUCACCCGAAACAUCAACAUAACGUGCAGAGGUGUCGUGGUGUUCCCCACGGUCUAGGAGUUGGACUGCCGUCUCGCCUUUCACUACCUGACGCCUUACCCUGCUCACGGUUGUUCGUCUCAACUCACUUCGACCUGGCCAACUCAGAGGAGUCUCUCACUCACGAUUGUUUGCUCGUCUACCUCGCCAAACACGCCAAUGCCCUCGCUUCUGCCUACUCGCUAAACUCGUUCACCUCUUCGCCACUGGCUUUUACGGCAUACGAUAGUUUUUUAGGUGUCUAUUUAAUCAAUUAA